AUGAGAUUGGCAAAGGCAUGUUCAAUCUGCCGGGAACGGCGCCGGAAAUGUGACAUUCGGAGGCCCGGCCUCCCUUGCACGUAUUGUUCCACUCGGAACUUGGCAUGCACGCGAGCAGAGUCGGUAAAGGCUCCGUCUGUAUCGGACGGGUCAACACCUGUUUCUCGGAGGGAUGCCCUUUCGGAAUCGGAAAUAUGCACACUACCAGACCAACCGCUCUGCGGAGACCUGGUCCAGCUCUACUUCAAUUAUGUGCAUGAUAAGUUUCAUUCACUCUUUCAUCGGCCAAGUCUGAUGGAAGAUAUGCAUAAAGGCCAAGCACCCGAGAUUUUGAUGUAUGGCAUGUUAGCACUAUCGGCCCGCUUUUCAUCGCAUCCAUUCUUUGCCGAGACAGACCCUCGAGAACGGGGAAGGGGAUUCGCCAAACGAUGCGAAGAGCUACUUGACCUCAAUGACGUCUCCGUGACAACAAUUCAAGCCUGUGUCUUGUUGGGUGCGAUUGGCGUAGUGGACGGUAAACCUGCCUCGGAAACCAUCUACUACGCAAUUGCAUGCCGCAUUGCCCAGCUUCUCGAUUUACCGAACUGUCAGGCCGCGAACCGGGUAGAACAAGAGCUAUACAUCAGAGUAUGGUGGACCCUAUGUAUGAUAGACGUUUGGUCCUCAACAGGAGUUCGACUGCCCCGCUUACUGACUCCAAAGCCGAAUACACCUCUCCCAAUGAACGAGGCAACAUUCUUACGAAUGAAUCGUGCACAAGGGUUCGCCGUAGAGGUCGAAUCUGAUCGCGCCUCAUCGCUUCUCGCACAAAUGGUCCUCCUUAACAGAAUCCUCUGCGAAAUCAACGACUUCAACAUUGAAGCCGCAGAAAAAUCCUUAACCCCAACCUAUAUCAUGGACCGGAUCUCCGCACUCUCCGCAAAGCUCGACCGCUGGCUCGCCGAGCUGCCAACACACAUGCACGAUACCUGCGCCAACCUCCUCUCCUUCGCAGCAGACGGCCUAGGCCAACUCUUCGUAACCCUAUACUUGGGCUACUACCACUACGGCCAAAUGCUGUUCUAUAGAUUCCUGCACGAGGACCUACGCAACCACACACCGCGCACGCACUUCUACGCAAACAAAUGCAAAGAGCAAGCCGUCCGGCUGUGCGAGAUGAUUUACAGUUCUGAGGAGGUACCGGGGUGCGAUGUACUGUAUAAUAUGGUCGGGCAUGUUCUUGUGAUCGCCUCGACGGUCCAGAUCCACACCUUGCUUUUCGGGGUGGAUGAGAGUAUCGCGCAGGCGAGACGGAGACUGGAGCGGAACUUCUGUAUACUUACCCGAUUGCGUGGCCUAUGGCCCACUCUUGAUGUCUGCAUGGAGCGCCUGCAGGCUUUUCAUCGAGCUUGUAGGCGCUCGGUCGAUACGAGCUUCUGCAUGGAUGGGUGGAUGGUGAGGUUUUUGGUUGAGUUCGGUAAUCCGGUUAGUGAGAGGGGGGUUGGUGAGGUUGGAGAAAAGCCUUGGACUUUAGAGGAGAUUGGAAUUUCAUAA